AUGUCUCUGGUGGUCCUGAGCUCAGAAUCACUAUAUAGUACAUUCAUAGCAACGGUUGAUCAUGUCCCGUGUGAUACUGUCAGAUCGCUUUGGCUAGUGCAAGCAUGCAACUUAGCUGUGAAGAAAGAGGAGGAGAAGAUUCAUCAACUAUUUCUUAAACAUGGUAAUCAGACACAACAGUUUGGUGCUGAUGAGUUCAACAAACUGAGAAGGAUACUAGAUAACCUAUCUAGAGAAUCUACCGAGGAAAUGGCAGCGCUUUAUAGUCAGCUUCGAUCGCAUGUGCUCAUACUUAAGGACGAGAUACUUCAACUUCAAAAGGUCGCCGAAACUCCAGCAACAAAAGAUGAUUCAAGCGCAGAGCUACUACGAAAACAGUUGGAGGACCACUAUAGACAAAAUCCCUUGCCUUCACGAACGCGUGGGGCGCCCUCAAAAAGCAGUAAGAAGAGGUCAGAUGAGCCUUCAGGUAUCAAGCUCAUUUUGAAGCUUUCGAAACAGGAUGAGCCAAGGGUGAUACGGAAAAGAGGAAGACCUCGCAAAGAGGAGACGCCGACUACAAGAGAUUCUCCUAUUGACACAAGCGAUCUUAAGAUUAUGAAGAAACCGUCCCCACGAGUAGUCAUCAAGCCCCCUAUUGCUCAGAAGAGUAAAGUGAUGCGACAGAAAAGCAGUGAUGUUCCUGAUUUCAUGCCCAUAGCUGCUAUUCAACAGGAGCCAGAGGAGCGGUACUGCUUCUGUAACCAACCUUCCUUUGGUGAUAUGAUUGCAUGCGAUAAUGACAAAUGUUCUAACGGCGAGUGGUUUCACUACAAGUGCGUUGGGCUUCUCAACAGAGUUGAGGCUCUUAAAUACACCACACAGAGGUGGUACUGUUCUGCUGAGUGUCGCGAGGCUGGCCAAGCGGCGAUGGAGAGAAAGAAGAAACAGAAGAAGAAGAAGAGAAAAAACUGGUGA